AUGCCUGCUGGCGAGAAACACCAGCCUCGCACCAUGAAUGCUACGCGCAGAGAACUCCCACCUUCAGCGAAACAGCACGCAGAGCUGCACAGCACCAAGGUGCUGAAGCAUGAGCGUGCCACUCUCACUCUGUACCAGGCAAAGAGGAAGAAGUUUCUCCAUCCUGAGUACUCUCCACCAGACGGUUGGUGUAGACUCGCUGGACCAGAUGGCUCGCGCCUCUAUUCAACAAAAGGUGCGACAAGGAGGUGGCCCGUGGCAGUUUUCUGCAACAUCCUGGAUUUGGCUGCAAUAAACGCCUGGGUCCUAUACAGGCAGUGCACAGGGGCAAACAUUGCGAGGCACGCCUUCAUCCUCGAGCUGGCCAAAGAGCUGCGCAGGGAGCACAUGCAAGCAAAAGCCGCCCCCCCUGCACCAGUGCAGAGACCGCUUCCCCCGCUUCCCCACCCACAGGUGCCAGAGAGGAGACGACAGUGCCAGAUCAAUGCCCACUGCAAGCAGAAUAAAACCACCGUGGUCUCCAGUGGGUGCAAGCGGCCUGUAUGUGGCAAAUGUGUGGUCCAAUUAGAACCUUGUUGCCUGAAGUGUGUGUAG